AUGGUUCAUGACAGUGCCCCAGACCCAGACUCAGCCUGGCAGCCAAUUGUUCUGACCCGCUCCGAUGCCGUCAUUUUGAAGGGCGACCCUGUAGAGAUCAAAGUGAUUCUGAAAAAGGCAAUAAAUGAACAUGCCAAUGCCAUGCACUCUGCCAGGCCCAGACUCUGGAACUCCGUGUUCAUCAUGAAAUACAAGAAGCCCCUGUCACGAGCCUCUAGCAUUCCAUGGAGACGGAAGCAUGUUAGUGAUGAUAUUGAUGAUACGACUAAUGGUGAUGGUGCUAGUGCAGGUGUUGGUAUUGGUGCUGGUAUUGGCAAUGGUGCUGAUAUUAAAAAUCCAAAUUACAGCAUAUAUGGUACUCUAACAGGGUCCCUGACACGUGACCUGCGGCAGUACCUGAACACCCGGUUCCAGAAGGGUAGUGUAGACCAUGAACUGCAGAAUACAAUCCGCGACAACGUGUACCUGCGCACUGUUCCCGUGACGACCAGGACACCACGUCAGGGAGAAGUCAACGGAGUAGAUUACACUUUUCUUUCAAAGGAAGAAUUCAGUGCUCUCCAGAGAUCUGGCAACCUCCUAGAAUCUGGAGUCUUUGAAGGUCAUGCAUAUGGAACACCUGUGCUGUCGCCCAUCUCCUCAGCUUUGCAGCAGAGACUGACAGUGGAAUGCAUAACAAGACAUAGGCUCCAGCAUCAUAUACCAUCUGUUCCAAAUGUCUCCUCCAGCAUGUCGUCUACCGAAGUUAACACCAUCCACUAUAAGAGGUCAUGGUUGCCUAGUGAUGACACUCCACCUAGUGAGCCACAAAGUGAACCAGGAAUAGAUCCUCCAAUCUCAUUUGAUAAUAACUUUUCACGGUCCUUUUCUUUACCGAUGAAGCAGCAGCGAUUUGGAAAACACACCUCUGACAGGAUUAAGACUUUUCCCCGUCGUCUGUUAAAAAGAGUUCAGCGUCCCUCACUACGGGAUCUUAACCGAAUUUACAGUGCAACUGAAAUUAAGGAGUAUUUUUUACGACGUGGAAGUCAACGACACCGUAAAGCCUUGCACGAGGUGCACGGACAGGCUUUUAUGUCUGCUUCACAAGAAACAUCUGGAAAAGUGAGCCAUCAUGCAGGUAGAUCUAUUCAGAGAUCAUCUAUCCAUAGUAGAAAUUCUCCUUUAAAAAACAAGGGUCUGAUUUCUUUUGCUGUAGAUGCUAAAUAUAAAGCUUCACCUGCAAGCAGUCUUGUAGCACAAACCCUCCUGACACAACCUCGUAUAAAACCACAUAGAGGAAGUUUGUCUGAUGUUGAACUAUAUGCUGAAGAUUCAGAUGCAGACACAUUCUUUGGUGAUAGUAGUGGUGAAAGUGAUACUCUUUUGGGCAGUGAUAAUCAAUCCCUAGUUUCUAACAAGAAUUCAGAAGAUAGUGAUAGUUCAUCUGUUUUCUCUGGCGAAGAAACAACAGAUGGCUUAAGUAUAAUUCCAAGUGUGUAUAGAGGUAAUCCUGAUGGCAUCUCUCAAAAUAAUCCUCUUUAUAGACACAAUAUAUCUUCAUUAGAAAAUCAUGAUGCUUCUGGUAAUGUAAAUAAACCUGAUGAUAAUUUGUCUUUAUUUACUAAUGAGGAAUCGGUAGAUCCGGAUGCUGAGGUCACGCCCAAUCAGUUUUUUAAAUGUACAAAAGACCAUGCCUCAAGCAAAUUUAAUUUACAAAACAUAGAUCUGUCUUCACCAGCGAGUGGUACAAACAUCUUUCCAAAACCAUUAAAAAAUAGGCACUCAUCAGUAGAAAACCUUUGUCCUAUUGACAAUAAGUUUGACUUAAUUGAUAACCUUUCUUUAUUUUCCAAUGAAGAAUUAGUAGAUCCACCCAUGGAGGCGGCAUCCCAAGAGUGCUUAGAUAGUACAAUAGACGGUGUCCCAAGUAGUACAAUGCAUCCUGUAUUCUCACCUCCUCCUGAAGUGCAAGUCAGUAGAUAUCCUGUUGUGUAUGAUUUUGGCACAAGAAAAGACUUAGUGCAGAGUAAUAUACAGAGAACCAUACAGUUGACUUCUCCUUCAACAUCAAGUCAACAUAUAGACAUUUUGAAAGGUUUAAAUGCAGAAUGUAAACUUAAUGAUUCUCAUGAGGGCUUUCAUUCUACUCUAUAUCAGCCAAAAGUAAUACCAGUAUGUGCUUCAUCUGGUAUGUUCACUAAUGAUGUGGGUGAUGUAAUGUCACAAACUGAUAGUGAUUUGUCCAGCAUUCACCUGGAUGACUUGGCAAACGACUCAAGCUUUGAUAAAUGUUUUGAUGAUGUCUGUCAAGUGAACCAUUCACAGCAAAACCAGACAAAGAGCCAGCAUUCAAAUUAUACUAUCUCUGUUGACAGGUUUUCAGGAGUGAAAUUUAGACUAAAGGAAAAACCAAAGAUUCCUCCACGGAGUUCAUCACUAAAAAAAUUUAUGAAAAAUAGUCAUACUAAGAAAGUUUGGGGGAGUAAAACAGAAAUACCACCUGUUUUAGUUAUUAAUAGUGACCAAAUUUCAAGGAAAGAGGCAACUGGUACUUUAUUAAAUAAAGGGAAUAUAGCUAAAAGUACAGAGGAAGAGACAUGUGGACGUGUCCCAUCAACAUGCCCAGACUCGAAUAUUGAACAUCCACCUUUGAAGGAGAAAGAUAUUUUAACUGGUGAAGGUUUUAUUGAUACCAGAACAGUAAACCUGGAUCAAACUUCACAGAAAUGGGUCACAUCACUUGCCACUGUUCUAAAUGAGAGACGAGAGAACCAUAAAAAAUAUGUUUUAAAACAGGACACAUCUUUUAAUUGCCUUUUGGAAGAAAAACAGAGAAGCUAUAAUGAAGAUGCACCAACUAAAGAACAUAAAUCAAGUAAUGGACAAGACAGCCAUAAAGAUGCAAGUAAUGAGGAUACUCUAUUUGGUACAAUUGUGAAAAAUAGACAAAAGUACAAUGUAGAAAAUACUAGCAAACUGGAUACUACAUUUGGUACACAUUUGAAUGAUAAAGAAAAUAACUAUUGUAAAGAUGCCAGCAAACCAGAUUAUUUUCUCAAUGCACUGUUAAAUAUGACGCAAAAGAACUUUAAAGAAAAUUCUAGCCACCAGGAUUCACCACAUGGGCCAGGUUUAACUGGAGAUACUAAAAUUUCACAGAUUAUGAACAGUAAAAGUGUGUUGACUAACGUUGGUUUAAAUAAACCACAGUCCAUUAAAGAGGAGGCAUGUGAAGGGACAACAACUAGAAACUGUUUGAAUAGAACCUUUCCUGAACUGAAAAAAGAUACAAACUGUCAACCCAAAUCGACAAACACAGAUUUGGAAACUGACAUUCUGGAAUUUAAGAAAAAGUCCUUAAAAGAUGAGAAAAGAUUAAAUGAGAUAUUUGUACAUAGUAGAGAUAAGAACAUUACUGAAAUUCAAAAAGUAGAAGAUACUGCAGCCUUGAGACAAAGUAAUUCUGAAGAAAUAAAUAGUGAACAGGUAGAUCAUUUACAUAAAAGUGCUUCAGUUACUCCUACUCCAGGAAAUAAUACUGAUCACCUAAAAGAUAUGAGUAAACUCCCAUUAAGCUUCAGCAAUGCUCAUGAAAGUGUUCCUAAAGUACGUACAAAAACUAUAAAGCAGAGUCUGAAUGAUGGGCUCAAUAGGAACACAUUGAGUGUGAAAAGUUUAGUGAAUGUACAUGAGAAGCUGUCUAUGAAUCACAUUCAGGGAAGUAUCAAUAAAGGACCUCUUAGACAACAUACAUUUCAUUCUUCAAUAAACACACUGCAUCCUCUAUUACCUCAUAAGCCCAAAGGCUUUAAAAAUACAAUAAAAGCAUAUCCAUCAGACAGUAGAUCAUUAGGUGCAAGGCAGAGCCCUGAUGGUUCAGAAUUGAUAAGUGAUUUAAAUUUUUGUAUAGAAAAGUCUUGUUAUCGGGCCUCCAGAAAACAAAAAAUACUAAAUGAUGAUAAAUCAUGUCUACAUCUUGUAGAUGACUGUAUUGAUGCUAAAAGAAAUAUGUCAGAAGCUGAAACUGUGUCAAGUGAAGUAUGUAGGUUUUGUCAAAGUGGCAGCAGUGUUUCAAACAGUGAAAAGUGCAUUUAUCCUACAAUAUUAUCUGAAGAUAGUUCAGAAGUCAGUAGCCUAAGUUCAGUCAGUGAGUCAACAGAGAUUUGUGAGGGACCAAAUAAUGAUCAGGGAGAGGAAAAGGAAUUAAAACAAAGACCACUCCCUCCACCAGAAAGAACUUUAUUUAUUAGCAGAAAUUCCCCAUGUCGAUUUAGUUUGGUUACAAAUCCUCAAGAGAGAGAAAAGCGAGCUUUUUAUAGAGGCAUGCCUGUGAAGGCCCCUCGCAGAUCUAAAAUGAAAGACAUGCAUAUGUUUAAGAGAGAAAAUAAUUUUAACAAGAAUGUUGGACGCCAGCGAACCCCUAUGAUUGAGUUUAGUGACAAUACAGAAAAUGAAAGGAGUUAUGUUGAAAGGUUCUUAAACUCAAAAUUUGAAAAUUGUAGUAAGACUGGUAACCAUUCUGCAUUAGAAACUGGUGGAAAUUACCGCUCCAACUCACUUCCAAGUGACUUUGGUUCUUCACUGCAAUCUGUUAUUGGGGAUGGAGCAGGUAACCACUACGGUACUCCGAAACCUCCAUCAUUACCACCCGAUCAUUUGGCCCGAGGGUCAGCAGGCACUGCUCUCUUACCUGGUGCUCAUCCCAGCUCAGAGGGAAAACGUCGACGUAACCGCUCCAAUGUAGAAGCAAUGGCUGCCAAUACCACCAGUACAGAGAUUCCUCCCGAACCUCCUAGCCAUCCAUAUUCAUCAGGGACACUCUACAGCCCACCCGGCAUGCCCCAGAAUAUGGUGGGGAAGGAGGGUGGGGUACAGCUGCAGUCCCCAGAUUCUCCCACAUCAGGAGAGCUGGGUCCUCUACCAUUUAACUGGGAGAAGGCUUACACUGAAAAUGGAGAGCCAUAUUAUAUUGAUCACAUGAAUGGCACAUCUUCAUGGCUAGAUCCAAGGCUAGCACGUGUUCAGAAGCAAAAUGCUGAGGAAUGUGGAGAGGAUGAGCUACCAUUUGGUUGGGAACGAAUAGAUGACCCCCAGUAUGGCACAUAUUAUAUUGACCAUGUGAACAGAAAGACACAGUAUGAGAAUCCUGUCAUCGUGGCCAAGAAGCAACCUGUUACCCCAACUCAAGGUGGAGGGAGUAGCCCAGCAGAAGGUGGGAACAACACUUUUCCCCGGCAAAAGAAGUCGGCCUCAGAUACUGGUGGCGGAGUAGCUCCAAGUGCUACUGAAGGCUCGCAGCCUACCUCUGGUAGUGGGCAUAAGCGCGCAAACAGGCUCAUGCUGUACCUGCCCUGUUUACCGUGCUUGGCAUCAGAAGGCAAAGACACUAAGCUGCAGGUACAAGCGCAGCAAACGAGUAAAAGGGUCCACAACCGUAUGGACAAGAACUCCCUCCCACGUCCUCGCUCUCUUUCUCCUAAUCACAAACAUCCUGAUAUAUCACCUAAGCAUUCUAAUCUUAUAGAUAGACAAAACAUUAUAAUUUCAAAUCCCAUGGAUCCAGUGCAUCUGGCCAGUGGUGCUCCUUACAAGACAAAUAAUUUGUCACCAGGUUCUCAGGUUUUAAAGCCAAAUAAUUUAGCUCUCUCUUCCAAAAAUAUAUAUCCAAAUGAUCAAAAUAUUCCUGCCAGUAAGCAAAGUAAUGUUAGUAAAAACCAGCAACUUAUACUAAGUCAAGGUCUUAAAAGUCAAGAGGUAAAGAAUCCUACUUUUAAUCAAACAAUAGUACCAAAUUUUGCCAAACCUCACUUUCCAAACUACCAAACCAUUGCUCCAAAUUUCCUUCAUCCCCGAGUACCUCAAGCCUCAUCCUCUCCAAAGGGUCCAUCCCCAUCAUUUGGGAGGUCUUACAGUAGUCCAAAGAGUAGUGUAAACAAUCUUUCUAAUUCCUGGUGUGUUAGCUCAGGGCAGUCUCUCUCACCUAGCCAUCCAUGGAGUUACUCUUCCUCUCCCAUCCAGUUUCCUUCUCCUGGACCAAUUCCACUUAAUCGUUUUCUCUCUUCUCCACUGUCAAGUAGUCAGGAUUUGUCAUAUCCUAUGAUUCAUCACCAAAGAUCAUUCUCCAGCUAUUAUUCUUACACUGCUAUUACCCCAUCUGCAUCCCCCCUCUACCGUCCAUCGGAGGACCCUGUAGUAUCGGCAGUCAGCUUAAGACGGAAAGGUAUUCACCAGAUAAAACGCUCUGGACAAGGUGUAUUGUUUACACGCAAUCCAGCAGAACUACAAGGUGAAUUCAUACGCACCAGUCUUGUUAAGUCUUCCCGAGGUUUGGGGUUUACGAUUGUUGGGGGAGAUGAUAAUGAAGAGGAGUUUCUCCAGAUAAAAAGUGUUGUACCUAAUGGCCCGGCAUGGCAGGAUGGAAAACUUCGAACUGGGGAUGUGCUAGUUUAUGUAGGGGAUACAUGUGUGUUGGGAUACACCCAUGCUGAUGUGGUGAACAUGUUCCAAAACAUUGAUCCUGGUAGAACAGUGUACCUGGAAGUUUGCAGAGGCUACCCUUUACCUUUUGAUCCUAAUGACCCCAACACAGAAAUUGUGACUACAGUAGCUGUUACAUCAGCUGAUGCUCGGUCUUCUAAGUCAGUGUUUGGUGAAGGAUACGAACGAUCGAGGAAUAAUUCGAGUGAAAGUAUGAAUACUGCAAAAUCUAUGCCUGACCUGAGUAAUCCUGAACGUGUGCAGCAGGUUCCAAGGCCUGGUAGUGCUGACCUCCUUAGUUCAGAAAAUUUUGAUCACACUCCUGAUAUUUUGGAUUUUUACCCCUCAGCAUUAAGCAAACCUGAAUAUUUGACUAUACCAAUAGUGAAAGGAACUAAUGGGUUUGGCUUUACAAUAGCUGAUAGUGCAUAUGGCCAGAAAGUAAAAAAAAUAUUAGAUCGUGGAAGGUGUAAAAACUUGAUAGAGGGUGACAUUUUAGUUGACAUAAAUAAUAUAAAUGUGAAAGGAAUGAGCCACACAGAAGUAGUGCAGGUGCUUAAAGACUGUGCCCAGGGACAAGAGGCGGUAAUCAUGGUGCAGCGAGGGGGGCUUAGUUCUCCAUCCAAGUCUCGAGGACUUCGAAAGGAACAGUCAAGUCCGAAGAAGUCUGGAGUUGCAGCUGGGCUGUUUAGAAGCAAAACUCCCACGGCAGAUAUGUACAGUUCACAGCCAAAGGAGGUGAUUCCAAACAGACCCAAGACACCACUUGUAGAUACUCGUAAUCGACCUAAGACCCCAAAUGUCAUGAGUGGAAUUGACAUUAGUGGGUCUGGAGAAGGAAAUAGACAGAUGGAAGGUAACACAGACUACCGGCCCCUGUAUACACCUACCUCUGUACAUGCACCUUUUCCAGGUGCAUUUUCAUAUACAGGGGGUCAAGUAGAUUCACAGUAUGAUACCAAGGUCAAUAACAUGUCUGUUCAGAUGAGUCAGGUUAGUUUAGAACAAAAUAAUUACGAAAAUUAUAUCGGUGAUAGUCAGGGUUUCCGUGGCGAGGGUCCAGCUCCUCAUCAGAACAGUUAUAAUUAUCACCAUGACUUGUAUGCCCAAGACAGUUAUUAUCAACAACACGGUGAUGACAGUGAUAUAAAAAGGAAUCAAGCGAAGACACCGACAAAGGAAUACAACAACCAGGGAUACUCUCAGUAUCCCUAUUAUAAUGAAAAUAAUGGUAGCAGCUCAAAUCAUAUCAAUAACAAUCAUCACAAUACAAGUAUGGAGCAAAACUCAGGCUAUGGCUACAUGCAGUACCCCAAAGAUGGCUAUGACCUGCCUCGUCAAGACUCAGGAUACAGUUCACAAGCCCAAAUCCCGCCUGCCAGGAAUCCUUAUCCUCCAUACUAUGGCCAGAAUAAUUCUGCUGGUUAUAAUAGUCAAGCAGACAGUUUAGGGAGAAGGAAAGAGUCAACCAGCUUCGAAUACGAACAUCCAGCACCAGUCAGCAUGCCCAGAUUUCCUGAUGGGCGGUAUAGUGUAAACCCAAGAGUGCCGCCAACUGGACCUAAUGGUAACCUUGGCUACAUGGAAUUUACCGUGAUUCUGAAGAGACAGGAAACAGGCUUUGGUUUCAGAAUUGUGGGUGGUACUGAAGAGGGAUCUCAGGUAUCUAUAGGUCACAUUGUCCCUGGUGGAGCAGCAGAUCAGGAUGGCAGUGUUGCUACAGGGGAUGAAAUCAUUGGUGUUGAUGGAGAGAUGGUGUUAGGUUCCAGUCACCACCACGUUGUACAACUCAUGGCAGCAGCAGCGACUCAUGGCAGAGUAACACUUACCUUAAGACGUCGAACUCAUACUCCUACUGAACUCCACAACAGAUCCUUAGAAAUGCAGUUUCCCUAUGAUGUGACAGUAACAAGAAGAGAAAAUGAAGGCUUUGGUUUUGUCAUAAUAUCAUCAGUUACCAAGUCUGGCUCUACAAUAGGUCGGAUAAUUGAAGGGAGUCCAGCCGAACGCUGUGGUCGAUUGAAUGUUGGUGAUCGUAUCCUAUCUGUCAAUGGUGUAGACAUUAAGACCCUUCAUCAUGGGCACAUAGUCAACCUCAUCAAGGAAUCGGGCUACUCAGUCACUCUUACUAUUGGUCCACCCAGGGAUGAUGCAUCAAGUACCACAUCAAACUCUCAGCGGAGUUCUCAGGGGUCCAUGAUACUGGCUCAGGCCACACCAGUCUCGGCCCCACAAGCCUUUGGCUCUCCGGCCCACACCUCUGCCCAGGCUGAGAGUGAUGCUGGUGAUGAUGGUGAGUACUAUGGAGUGGAGCUCCAGCGAGGCACCCGAGGCUUUGGUUUUAGUAUAAGAGGAGGCCGGGAGUUCCACAACAUGCCUCUCUUCGUCCUCAGGAUUGCCGAAAAUGGGCCAGCAGCAGAGGAUGGAAAGCUGAAAGUUGGAGAUCAACUAAUGGAAAUAAACGGGAGAUCAACCAAAGAUAUGACCCAUGCUGAUGCCAUAGAACUGAUCAAACAGUGUGGGAACAGUGUCUCCUUACUGGUAAAACGCGGUGGAAAGCUUCCACAACACCUAGAUACAAUGAAUCCAAACAGUCUAGGAUCUCCUGUUGGCCCUCCACCUCCAGGAACUAAUGUAAGGUCUACAGUCACACUUCCACCUCCUUCACCAGGAUCCAUGGGCACAUCCUACCCUCCUCCUCUUCCAGGGCUUCCAGGUCCUCCAUAUUAUUCCCAUGGAGGCUACAAUGCCAUACCCACCUCUUCCAGUGGUUACCCACCAGCUUACCCUCACAAUGGAGCAGUCCGAGGUCCCCAACCUUUACACUCGUCUCCAGCAACUCAGUAUCCCCUUCCAUUGACUCCUAAUGGUCCACUAAGCCAGUCUUCUCCUAGAGUAAUGGCUGGUGAAAAUUAUUACUGGAAUAGAGUUUCAGAUCAUCGACCGGCGUGAAAUUCAUUUAUUUAGUAUACUGGACUCAAAAUGUAUAUUUCUCAUUAGAAACUAAAUGUGAUCCAGCAGUGAUAGUCACAAAAAUGUCAAUGUUGUAAAAAUUAAAUGCAUACGCUGUGAAAUAUCCAGAAAAAAAAAAAACUUAUAUUUAAUAAUGUUUUACUAUGCUCAGUGCCUCUAGUGUUCAUAUGGGACCAUGUUUUCAUAGCUUCAUCUCACAAUUCUGAAAUUUAUUCAGACAAAAAUAGAAAUGAUGGCUAUUACCAUAAAUUAUGAUCUCCUUAUCUUUGAUUGUCAUAGUCCAUUUUAUUUUGCCUAAUGGAAGUUUUCUUAAAGAAAACUUUUUAAAUUAGGUAUUCACUCAAAAGUCUAUAGACAAUUACAUUUAUUUUGCUUUUAUGUAUGUUAAAACUGGUCCUAUUUUUAUUUGCUACAGGAUCAUGACCAAAGUGACCUUAUAUAAAGGAGUAGGACCCAUGCUCAAUGCAUUUCUUUUCUCAAUAUUUAUAAAUUAAAAAAUCUAUAAGAAAAUGUCCUCUUAAAAAAAUGGCCCUUUGCCAUAAUUUUUAUAUGCACAUGUACAUACUAUGUAGUUGAAGCAGAUAACAAGGACAUACAAUGAAGCAUCCUCUGAAGGGUUGCAAAUGGCAGUUUUUAACCAUACAUGUGAAUGUAAACUGUAAGUAAACUGUAAACUUAUUUUAAUAUUAAAUUGUCAAAACUGCCUUGAUCAAAAACCUAUGAAUGCCUUAUAAUGGACUGUAAAGUAUGUGGACAGUUACAAAAAUAUUGUAUGUAUUCUAAAAAGUUUAUAUUAUUUUAAAUUUCAGGUAUGUUGCAUGCAUGUAACAUUCCCAUGUAUUAUAUACAUUGUUAAUAAAUAAACAUGAGAAACUUUUAA